ACGGAACCUUGGAAGCUUCGCUUUCUUUAAUCGCGACCACCGGAGGAAGUCCUUGGAUCUCAAAGUCUCAAUCCCGAGACUUGGCCAAGUUCCGCAAAAACUCUUAAGAUGGCUGAGUUCUCUCGGGUAGCGCAAGUCGCCGUUCGAUCAACGUCACUCCUCCGAAGUUCCACGUCGAGAUGGCAACCAUGCUCCUUCUCGGCCGUGUCUACUCCCUUAAUACCUAGUAUAAGGUAUAUCUCAACCUCUCCGAUUCUCCGAUCAAAUGAUACCGGCAACGGCCUUCCUAAAGACCCUACUCUUCCUCCCAGAUCGCCUCUAGCCCGGGUGCGGCACCAGAACUAUUCUUCCUCUAUUUGGGGCGAUCCUUUUCCAGAAGAAAACAAAGGCGAUGAUGAAAUCAAAAAGCCAAAUAUCUCGGCAUACGAUGACCCCUUCGCUCCCGAGAUCGAUUUCGAAACUGGCGAACUUAACAAGAACAAAUUCCUAGAGGAACGACCAGUCCCUACCCGUCCUGCAUUGCGCCUUGUCCCGCGAACUGGCCGUACUAUUCAUGUCACUCGAAAUGCUGAUGUAGCACGGUCAUUUCAGCUUUUAUCCAUCCACGUAUCGUCAAACAGGGUCCGUCAUGACUUGAACUCUCAGAGGUACCACGAGCGACCAGGUCUAAAGCGAAAGAGGCUCAAGAGUGAGAGAUGGCAGAAGAGAUUUCAAAAGGGAUUCAAGGCUUGUGUGAAGAGAGUCAGAGAGUUAACAAAGCAGGGCUGGUAAAAUCCAGAUCUUUCGUGUAUAAUUAUCCAGGUCGACCUGAAUCGUAUCAUUCAUGUCGCCAAUUGUAUAGAUCUAGAUAUGCUGUACAUUAUGCGACUAUGCUCUCGAACCUUCGAACGCAUAACUGUAUCAAAUGAAGAGGCAACAGUAGCGAAGUUGCCAUAGUCAAAAAGGGGCGGGGCUAUACUUGUUUUAUACGACAAAAAAAGGUAUAUCCCUACCCUUCGACGUAUUUAUCACAAUCCUAAAGGCAUCAACUACCUAUUUAAUCUCGGCAUCUUAUCCAGGCAAACCUAUAGCUAGUGGCAAACAACCCAAGCAAAAAAGGUGCGCCUAUCAGUGUUCAGGCGACCGAACUGCGAAUAAGAUAUCAUAUUUAAUACCCAAUGCCGUUACAAGUCAAUGGUGAAUUUAUAAAGAUCUCAUUGUCCUGAUUAGCAUUAAUCAAUAACUCAAACACUUGAGGAAAAUGUUAACAUCAUGUGUACCUAGGUACAUAAUAAGCAACCAAGAGAAACGUGCCGAGUGCCAUGUUAGGUCGGAACGGCCUCGAAAGAAAAGUUUGAUUGUCUAGUAGAUUUGUAAAAGGAAUUGGUAUCUCUUGUUUACUUACGAGAGUAUGGC